AUGCCGUCCGCUCUGCCCGAAGUUGAAUCACCUUACCGCAAUUUCGUUCGGGGUCCAAAUGAGUGUCAUAAUGGCAAAGAGCCUCCUUACACACCAAUCACUAUGGUUGAUCGUAAUGGAUUUAUUCUGUGCGAAACAGAUCAAUUCGACCUCCUUCGUGCAAUCAUCUAUCGGGAUGAUGUGACGACUCUUGAGCAGUAUCUCGAUAUUGCGCCAUGGGUUAUCGAGGAAAUAGAGGAGCUUCCUCUCUAUUACUCCUUCUUCUACAUAGCUGUAUCAUACGGAAGUCUUGGUGCACUCAAGACCCUCCUUUCCUACUACGUAAGAGUUAUUGAACCAAACCAAACAAUCACCUUUCGAAAACGCGGCUUCACCCUGCUCAACGAAGCUGCUAGGCGGGCCUAUCUGGAGAUAGUAGAAUUUUUACUCGAUAACCAGCCACUAUACGCUGAUAUCCAUGAGCGAGAUUAUACCGGCUGCACUGCUAUUGCUGCUGCCUCAGAUUUAUAUUCAACGAGAUACACCGAGACGUUCAACUGGCAGCCUUCUGUUGACAAGAGCGAAGCUGUGAUGAAUCUGUUACUGGAUUGGGGUGCCUUUCCUUCGGACGUGGUUGCACGGGUUCAUGAAGACUCAUCAGGGAAACCUGAAACCGUUCUGUCAAUGACAUCCGAGUGGGUAGGCGCUAAGAUGAUCGAGAGGCUCGUUAGCGGUGGCGCAGAUGUCCAUGCCGAGUUCACAAAACACUCGCUUCAACUACGACUGUACGACGAGCAAGACUAUAUCGUCGACAACGUCACUGCAAUUCACAUGGCUUCUUUUCGCGGUAACUUCGUCGCUCUUGAGACUCUACUCGGUCAUCAUGGGGACACAGUCAGUGCCCUGGAAAUGGUGUCCUCUUGUGACAGUCGAGGGAGUACCCCUCUUCACUGGGCUGCACGGAAUAACCUGUAUAACCCCAACUUACACGAAAGUGCACAGAAUAUCAAAACAACUAUCCAUCUUAUUUUGGACAUAGACCCUGCGAUAGUCAAUGUCCAAGAUCUUGAGGGGAACACGGCCUUGCAUUACGCCGCUCGAUAUUUCGGUGAAAAUGGGGAAGUCUUCAGGCCAAUUUUUCAAAGCCUUUGCGACAAGGGCGCAGAUUCAAGUAUACACAACAACCGCGGAGAAACACCGCUACACUAUAUGUUCUCCAGUGAUGGUACAGAUGAGACAAUUGACAAACAAACCUUAUCUCUCCUCCUUGCUCAUGGCGCAAAGGUUAACGAUAUUGAUCAUGCUGGAAAUACCCCUCUACAUAUUACAGCUCGAAGACUGGAUUAUCAUAACAUAAUAUCUUUUCUCAUUAAAGAGGGCGCUGAUGCUACCAUUGGUAAUUCGACAAAUGAGACACCUGUCCAUGUAGCCGCUUCCGGCGAUGUAUCCACCCCGGGUCUGGCGGAGAAAGUUGAGAUACAAAAUGCAGUCCUCACAACUCUAACAAACGCUGGAGGGAUUGAACUGAUGGACCUGCCCAACGCAGAGGGAAAGACACCAAAGCAAAUUUGCAAAGCGCAGAGGGACAAGUGGAGGGAGGAUGAGAAAAGGGAGCGCAUGAUAAAUGGGCGCCGUGAACGAAUUUUGGCAAGCACCGCGUCUUGCUCAUCUAUUUCCCCUGUCAAUGUCGAACGCUGUCAUAAUUAGGACCUGGAAGAUUGCGCUUUAUCUUGGUAACUUAGUCGUUGGUGGAAUGUUUCGCAGAAGUGGAAGUAGUGCUGUUAGUGUCUAAACUUAACUCUAGCUUCUCACUACAGGGUAUGGAACCUACCUACCCCUCAUCUUAUCCCAAUCACUCC